AUGGACAGCCACUGCGGACCCAGGGAAACAAGCGACGAAAACGUUAUGUGUGUGACGAUCUACAGUCGAGCCAGUGGAAGACUGCUUCUUCACCACGACCAAAGGAAGCAAAACAGGUGGUCCCUGUGGCUGCUUCUGCUGGGCGCCGCGCUGCUGCUGGCGGCGCUGGUGUCGGUGCUGCUGCUCUACCCGCCGUCCCAACAGCGACCCGCCGACGCCGCUGACAGGCGGCAGCUGCAACGCGGGGAGGCGGUGCGCCUGCUGGUCGACACCGACGCGGGCGUCGACGACGCGGCGGCGCUGCUGCUGGCGCUGGCCACCCCGGGCGUGUCGCUGGAGGCGGUCACCUGCGUCCACGGCAACGCCGCCGUCCGGCAAGUCUGCCGCAACGUGCUCACCACGCUGCGCGCCGCCCACAGGCUCGACGUGGCUGUUUACGCGGGGGCGGAGCGACCCCUGGGAUUGCCGCCGCCGCCUACCGCCCCCUACUUCGGCGCGGACGGCUUCGGCGACCUGCAGCUAGACGAAGAUGCCUCGCCGGACCCCGACCGCUACGUGCGCGGCCUCAACGCUUCCGACGCGCUCGUCCAGAUGGCUGCCAAGGAGCCUGGGAAGCUGUCGCUGCUGUGCCUGGGCCCGCUGACUAACAUAGCUCUGGCCGUGCAGGAGGACCCAGACUUCUUGUACAAUCUCAAGCAUAUCGUCGUGCUCGGGGGCAGUGUGGAAGGGAUUGGAAAUGUGAAGCCAGGAGUUGAGUUUAAUUUUUACAUGGACCCCGAGGCUGCGAGUUUCAUUUUCGACACUUACAACACGUCCAGCGCAGAAAAGAAACCGAUAACGUUAGUCCCCUGGGAGACAAUUUUUUCCAGAAAUCACAUAACGAUGGGCUGGCGUAAGAGUGUGCUGGGAGCGGUGGGCGGUGAGCGCGUGUCGCUGCUGAACAGGGCGGAACGCGCGCAGCUGGCGGCGGAGGCGUCGGACGAGGCGCCGUGGCUGAGCGGCGACCCCGUGGCGGCGGCCGUGCUGCUGCGGCCGGCGCUCGUCACCGCCAGCGGCCGCUACCGCCUCGCCGUCGAGGUGUCGGGCGCGCUCGCCAGGGGCGCUGCCUUCGUGGACUACAGCCGGGAGCUCAGCCCCAGGAACGUGCGCAUCGUGCAGCGCUUCGACGUCGACCUCUACAAGCGCUUGCUCCUGCAGACACUCUCACCUCGGCCUGAAACUCUCACGUAG